AUGGGAGUACGACAAGGACCAAUUCCAAGCGUGGUGCGAUGGCAAGACUGGCGUCGACGCACAAUGCGCCAGCUCUGUCACUGCGCGUGGCUGCACAACCGCAUGUGCAUGGUUGUCUCAUGGUUCUUUACCAAGGACCUGAUGCGCGAUUGGCGCCAUGGCGAGCGCUACUUCAUGGAGAAUCUGAUUGACGGUGAUUUCGCGUCCAAUCACGGCGGGUGGGGAUUUGGGUCUAGUACUGGCGUGGAUCCGCAGCCGUAUUCGCGCAUCUUCAAUCCUCUUCGCCAGAGUGAGCGAUUCGACCCAGAGGGAAAGUAUAUUCGCUACUGA